AUGGCCAACCCUCCAUUUCAACUGUCACUCCAGACAGCCCAGGGCAAAAGCCCAUCUUCUCAAGUGCCAAAUUUGACACCACCCGUGACUCCCAUAGCCAAGGAAAGGCCCCCAAGAUCAACUCUAAGCCCAUUUCAGGAUUCGCCCUCGAUCUCCAAGGACAAUGCCGGCACUCUGCUCUUCACCGACGACCUCGAAAUUUGCCGCGACGAAAUCGACCGCUCCGUCGAGUUCGGCCGCGGCGUCUGGAGCAUAGUAUACAAAGCGCGCUCUUUGCACCGCCCCCAAACAAACUUCCCAGGCACACCCCCAAGCUCCCCGGUCACAAAAUCACAACUUCUAGCCGUGAAAGCACCUUUGCGCCGCGAUGCGCGCCCAGUCCUCAACGCCGAAGCAGCAACUCUAACACGCCUCACUCAAACCAAAGGCCACAAACAAUACAUCGUCCCCUUCCUCGGCUACCACGUCGAGCUAGGCGCACUGGUAAUGACCGCCGUCCCAACCUCACUGGCAACAUACAUCGAAGAGCAGUCCAAGCGCGCGCGCACCCGACAACCAGUAACACAAGGAAUGUUCGAGCCAGUCCAGGGCCCAGAAUCAUACCAGCAGCUCGCGUGCAAGCUCAUCGCCGGCCUGAACUGGCUGCACCAAGUCGCGGGAGUCGUGCACGGCGAUAUCAAACCACACAACAUCCUCCUCCGGCCUGUGGAAACAGACGGCUGUGAAAACCCCGAUUUCCCCUACGACCCUCUGUACGCGGAUUUCUCCGCAACAGUUGAUAUCCCCGCGGACGCGGAUGCCCCGCUUGAUACAACGCGCGCAUCGAUGUCCUCGUUCACGCCGCCGUUCACGGCGCCUGAGAUGCUUGCUUCGCUGACGUCGACUGAGAUCGCGCCAACGCCUGCGUCGGAUGUCUUCUCGCUGGCCGCUACGCUGCUUGCGGCUGCGACGGGUGAUUUGUUGCUUUAUCCCAAUAUGAAUCAUCGGUUGAGGUUGGAGAUGGCGAGGGCUGGACAUCAGAUUAUUGAUUUCACGAGGUCUGGGAUGAGUGGGAGUCGGGUUCCGCGGAAUGGGUUCGUUGAGCGCAUUGUUAAGCCGGCUGUUGUUAAGGAUCCUGCGCAGCGGAUUGCGACGUCGGAUUGGGUGGAGCUUGCGUCUGCUUGA